AUGAGAUUAAUGAAAAAAGAAAAUUUACCAACUGAACAAGAAGCCUUACAACUUGCAUCUCUACAACACUAUGAUGUUGAAGAUAUGGAUGAUAACCAAGAUCCAUGGGAAAUAUUUGAAGAAACAGUAAUUGCCUCUAGACAAGCUAUUGGAUAUGAUUGUGAUGAAAAUUUUGAUGUUUAUAAAAAUAAUAAUUUUUAUACAUCAGAUGAAGAAACUAUCUAUACUUCCACUACAAGAAACAAAAGAGUAUCUGUAUAUACUGUGAAUGAUCUUAUUCAAACCAGAUUAAAUCAAAUUCAAAAGCUUUUACAACUUAGGAUCAAUAAGUGCAGAUUAAACAAAAGCUUGUGGAUUCUUUCUGAAAUUCAAUUUUUCUUAUAUUCAAACUUGCCUACACUCUUGAAAAAUUUGAACAAAGAUUUUAUAAAGAUAGUAAACACAAAGAAGAAGUCUACUCAAGAGAGAUUAGUCAAACAAAUUUUGAAAAAAAUAGAAAGAUGUAGAAAGUUAUAUUUUAAAAGAUUUAUUACAAAACAUUGUGAUUGUUAA